AUGGCCGAUCCUCUCAGCAUAGCAUCUGGCAUUGUUGCGUUGGUAACCUUUGCCCUAACAUCCAGCGUGAACCUUUAUACGACAAUCCGCAACUUUCAAAGCCAAGAUAAAAAGGCCCGCGCCCUUAAGACCGAACUCAGUGAUAUAACGACUGUCCUAGAGUCACUCUUGGAGACUGUGAACAACAAUCCUGACAUUAAUUUUGACGCUCUGAAAGCCCCUUUACACCGUUGCGGGAACGCAUGCAAUGAGUAUGGAGAGCUUAUUUGUCGCUUUACGCGACGCUCCACAGCUUCGCGAUCGAGUGUCCGAGAUUGGGUCACCCAGAAGUAUCUCCAAGGAGAUAUCAACGAUUUUAAGGAUAUGUUGGCAGGGUAUAAGUCUACCAUAAAUAUAGCUCUGGCGAACGCAAACAUUCGUGUAGCUGCUAUAACACCAAGAGUCCUUGAGGAUUACAAGGAUAUGAUUUCGGAUACAACCCAGGAUCUAAAAGAACACUUGCAAAGGCUGGAUGAAAAGAUCCAGCUUCUGUCGCAUUCUGACCAGAGCAAUACUGAGUGGCAAGCAAUGAUACAGGAGAAAAUGAGCACACAGCAAGGUCUCGAAAUUUGCGCCCAACUAUCCAAACGAAUCGAGGAGCUGGAACCAGUGCCGGAAGACAAUUAUCAAUUUUCCGAGCGUCCUUCGGCACAUAAAUAUGUCAAAAGUGGAUUAGACGCUGCCAAGGGUUCUAUCCACAAGCUUGUGACACAGUUGCGUAACCAUGAGGAGGAGAUCGAUAAUCGAAUGCAGGUCAUGGCUUCUACGCAUCCUAUAUCCAAAGACGCAGUCGCGGAGCUUGAGCGACUACGCGCGACGAAAGCUAGCAUCCAUCAAUGCAUACAAGUCAUCUCGGAUGCAGGCGAUACCAGAUCUGUUGAGCGACACAAUGUCUUCGAGGAUAUUACUCUUGCUGAUGAUGCCUAUAACUUUACUAUCUCGACAAUCGGAGACCUCGUAACCGCCAGGCGCAUUAAUCUUACAGGACGGUCACGCAAUGUUGGAGGACAAAUAAGUGACGAAAGCUACCAAAGAACCAUUGACCGCUUUUCGGAGCAAGCGAUACAGAACCCUCAAGAAGCAAACAAAAUCCACGAUCAAAGUGCAUCAAUGCCUAGCUUUGGAAAUCGUCAUGGCCCUGGUCUUAGACUCUCAAAGUUGGUAGAAAACUCUAAAGCUUCGAACAAUAAUUUAUAG